AUGAAGGAUGAAUAUCUAAAACAAGGUGAUUACAAUAUCAUCUUAGUUGACUGGAGCAAAAGAAGUUGGUUUCCAUACUACCAAGCUGUGGCGAAUACAAGACUUGUAGGAGCUGAGAUAGCCCAGUUGAUUAGUCGCUUACAGAUUAUGCCAGACCUUCUACGUCGUAAAAUUAAAAUCAGUGGCAGCUUGCCAACAAAACAGCGAAAUUAUAUUGCAAGAAUUAAGUUGAAAGUUACUCGCAACCGAACAAAAAAUUUAUCAGCUCGUCUAGUUCAAGCGGAUUGGUUACUAAACGAUAAAUUGGACGAUUCACCACAGGAAACCAAGAACAUCUCUCUGGACAGUGUCCAUCUCAUUGGCCACAGUCUUGGAGCACAUGUGGCCGGCUAUGCUGGAGAACGAUUAAACAAAGUGAGAAGGAUCACUGGACUAGAUCCAGCUGGACCCUACUUCACAGGCACAGCUGAAAAUGUUCGUCUGGAUAGGAGUGAUGCAGAAUUUGUUGAUGUGAUCCACACGGACAGCAGCAAAAUAUUGCUUUUCGGUAAAUACUGA